AUGUGCCCUGCUGCACGGCCUCAUGCUAGCGGCGAGGUUCUGCCCACGCAACCUUGUUAUUCUAAGUGUAGGAUGCCAGAAUUGGUGACUGGGGAGACGGGAAGCGCCACAAUGCUGGUAGAAGCAGAGCUCUGCACAAGGUUCUGCCCACUGAAACAACAGCCAUAUAUAUCCUUGAGCGAGCUGAGCAAAUUGACCAGCAAUUUACGCGACGAGGAGGUACCCGGGGACGGCUCCUACGACCUGGUCAUCCGUGUGACGCUCACCGGGCUGGAUCUUAGCGUUUCCCCGAGUCUGCUUAAGUGAUCUCCCUCCUGAACGCUCGAUUCCAGUAAUUGCAUGCGUACAUGUAACUCUCUCUCUCUCUCUCUCUCUUUCUCACAGGGAAUGUGUGCAAGGAUUAAGGUCUCCUGGACAUCAUGGGUUCAUGUCGGUGGAUGCAGCAGAUGCCGAAGGUGUCAAGACUGAAAAACGAGAACUUCGUGGAGCUGCUGGGCUACAACUUGGGGGAGAACAAUCGCAUCUUGCUCUACCAGUUGGGGGGAGGCAAGGGAUCUCUACGCGAUCUCUUGCACGGUGCGAGGAGCUGAUGAAAUGUGCGCGAAUGGACGUCAAGCGUGUGCGAGUUUCACCUACUUGAGGGUUUCGGAGAGAGGUGAAGGGAGCUGAGCCUGGCCCCGCUGAGUUGGAGCCAGCGAUCGAAGAUCGUCAACGGCGAGGGGAUGGAAUUCCUCCACGAGAGAGUUCAGCCGCCCCUCGUUCACAGGGAUAUGAGGUCCAGCAACGUCCUCCUCUUCGACGACUUUGGUGCCAAGAUUUGCCAAUUUCAGUUUGACCAGCCAGUCCCCCGACACCGCGGCGCCUCUUCACUCGACCCGGGUCUUCGGAAUCUUCGGCUACCACGCCUCCAGUGAGGUUCCUAGCCCCCUCUCGGUCGACCGGGAUUCUACGGCGGCGUCCGCAGUGGACUAACGUCUACGUGGUAUCCACAGGUAAGCCAUCCCCGGCAAUCGACUCAGAAGAUCGAUGUGCACACCUUCAGCGUGGUUUUCCUCGAGCUCCGAACUGGGCGGAAGCCCCUGGACCACACCAUGCCCAAAGGCCUUCAGAGUCCCGUCGCUUUCCUGUGGUGCUAUCCACGGACUGUUCAACCGCACGAUGAUCCCUAAAAUCGUGCAUAAUCUGUGCGUAGGCGACGCCUAGGUUAAAUGAGUUCUAAGUGCAGCAGUGCGUCGACCCAAAGCUGAAGGGUACCCAUCAAAGGACGUGGCCAAGGUUCUCCCGUUUUCCCCGGCUACCGGCCGAUUUUCUCUCGCUGUUUCGAGCCGUUCUCCACAGUUGACUGCUGCUCUGGAUGCCUUUAGAUGGCUGCCGUGGCAGUGUUAUGUGGGCAGCAUGAAGCUGACUUCCAACCACACAUGACAGUCGUCGUCAAGCCUUCCCAUCCUCUUCCGAACUCGCGUGUAGAGCAAGGCAACCACAUCUGA